AUGGCCCACAUAUCUCGCCUAGCCUACUCACGCGAGGAUCUCCGCAAACUUGCCGUGAUCCUCCGAGAAUUUGUCUUGGUAUAUAAAGACAACAAAGUCCGCAUCAACUACCAAAGUAGACCUGUAGUUCUUUUCUUUGGAACCUUGAUUGGAACCUUCGGAAUCAGUGCUUUUUUUGCUAUCCGGGCAGCCAUCCAUGCUUCCAUUGAAUUCCGCUCGAAAAAGGCCUCUAAUCGUCCCAAUUUAAUCCGUCAAAGCCUGACCAUUUUGAAGAAUGGCCUGAGGGAGAUCUACAUUCCAAAGGGCAAAGACAAGUUGGCCCGUAUUAUCAUUCCGAAGCCGAAUUUGGACCAGUACGCGGCAGACAAGUACCUAUACAAGAACUUCCAUUUGGACCAGAAGUUGCAGCUGCGAAGCAGCAUAUUCCAUUCGCGGUUCUUGAGUCAGAUGGCCAUCAUUUGGCGCAUUUUGAUCCCGAAAUUCUACUCGAAAAACACAUAUUUACUUCUCUCCCAAUGUUUCUUCUUGAUUCUUAGAACCUGGCUCUCGUUGAUCAUUGCUAAGCUUGACGGUCAGAUCGUGAAGAAUCUUAUUUCUGCCAACGGCAAAAAAUUCGUCCGUGACUUAAUUUACUGGAUUUUGAUCGCUUUCCCGGCCUCAUACACUAACGCAGCAAUCAAGUACUUGACCAACAGGUUGUCUUUGAGUUUUAGAACAAACUUGAUCAGGUACAUCCACGAUAUUUAUCUUGACAAGGUCAUGACAUACUACAAAAUACUGUUCAAUUCCGCUGAGAUCCAGAACAUUGAUCAAUACAUCACAAACGACGUCUCAAAGUUUUGCGACUCGAUUUGUGGAUUGUUUUCAAGUAUGGGCAAACCAUUUAUUGACUUGGUGUUCUUCUCUGUGUAUUUGAGAGACACGUUGGGAACUGGUGCGAUUGUGGGAAUCUUUGCAAAUUACUUGGUCACUGCUUUUGUAUUGAAAAAGUUCACUCCAUCUUUUGGAAAGCUUUCUGCCGAGAGAACUCAUUUGGAGGGACUGUACUACAACCAACACUUGAAUCUCAUCACUAACUGUGAAGAGGUAGGAUUUUACAAGGGCUCUUUGAUCGAAAAGACCAAGCUCAAAGAAACUUAUGGGAAGCUCAUGAACCAUAUCUCGAAGGAAAUUAACACCUCUUUCUCGUAUUCUAUCCUAGAAGAUUAUGUGCUCAAAUACACUUGGUCUGCUUGGGGUUACGUGUUUGCUGGUUUGCCAGUCUUCAUCGAAGACAUUUGGCCAAGCGAUCCCAAGCCCGAACAUAUUGACGAGGGAGAACUGCCUCCAGCUCUGAACCAAAAGAAAGGGCCAGUGGAUGAGCAACAAAACAUGCGUCAAUUCAUUAUCAACAAAAGAUUGUUAUUGUCUCUUGCGGAUGCCGGUUCGAGGUUGAUGUAUUCGUUGAAGGACAUCUCUGAGCUCACUGGUUACACCGAUCGAGUGUUUACAUUACUCACCAACUUACAUGUUUGCCAUUCACCACUCUACAGUUACAAUUCAAAACUUGGUCCUUCGGAUGUUCAUGGAACUAUCCAAAAGAAUUAUAGCAGUGGUUUGAGAUUUGAGAAUAUCCCCGUAAUCAUUCCAGGCAAGGAGGGUUCUGAGGGCGAAAAAUUGAUUGAUUGCUUGAAGUUUCAUCUUCUGGGAAACAAGAACCUCUUGAUUUUGGGUCCAAACGGAUGUGGUAAGACCUCAAUUGGUCGUAUCAUGGCUGGUCUCUGGCCAUUGUACUACGGAUUGCUUUCCAAGCCAAGUGAUGAAGAGAUUUUCUAUUUGCCUCAAAAGACAUAUUUUACAAAUGGUAACUUGAGAGACCAAAUCAUUUACCCACAUUCUUACGACGAUAUGGUUGAAAUGGGCUACAACGAUGAUCAUCUUUACCACAUUUUGCGUGAAGUUAAGCUCGAGUACUUGCUCAGUAGAGAAGGCAAUUUCAAUGUCAAGAAGGAUUGGAAGGAUGUUUUUAGCGGAGGCGAGAAGCAAAGAAUCAGUAUCGCUCGUGUUUUGUUCAAGAACCCGAAAUUUGUUGUUCUAGACGAAUCAACAAAUGCUGUGAGUACAGAUGUGGAGGACUAUCUUUUUGAGUUGUUGCAAAACAAAAAGAUUGCCUUCAUUACACUCAGUCACCGUCCUCUUUUGAUGAAAUACCAUGACUUCGUUCUCGAGAUCAAGGACGAAAAGAAGAAUGGAGCUCACAGCUGGGUAUUCCAGAACUUGACUUCGGAAGAGAACCUUAUCUCGAUCGAUAACGAGAUUCACGAAAUUGAGCUGAAAUUGGCAAGAGUGGAGGACUGGGAGAAGAGAAAGGCAGACAUUGAACUCUACUUGGAUGGAAAGUAUGAUGACAUUCCGGAAUCAAUUCCCAUGAGUAUUCCCAUGAACGAAUCUACCUCUUUUGAGAUUUAG